GUCAUGGAGGAACCUUGUGAGACACGUAACAAUGGUGAAGCCUCUCAAAUACCUAAAUAUCGUAACUAUAACCAGCACAGCUCCAGAGUCUCCUCGCCCUGGUUGGAUCUGAGAAUGUUCUACGUCAGAAUAAGCAAUUUCAUGGUGGAAGAUUCAACCCCUGAUGUCCUCACCAUCGAUCACAUUCCUCUGGAUCCAGAUACGCUUUUAUAGAUAAAUUAGGUGUAGAAUAAGCAUUGACUCAGAAGGGCGUUCUUCACAUCUUAGGAGUGAAGAAGCUACUUAUGUUAGCACAGGCAAUAUCAGCAGGUUAAAUGAUAGCGUAAAGUUUGAGGUUGAUGACAAAAGCGAGCUAGUCUUGUCUUGAACUCUUGAGAUGUCUGAUGGUAAUGGGUUCACUGCAGGGUCUGGUUUCUUAAAAGGGAAGAGCGAAAAAGGUCAAGAGUUAUUGCCAACUAUAGCGGUCUAUGUCACUGGUUGCUUCUCAGGAACACCCAUCAUCUUAACCAAGACUCUACAUCUUGGAUCAAGAAAGAAGAAAGUAGAAGAAUGGCACUGGAUUCAAUACCGGAGUAUGAAACUGCCGAGCCUCAGAAAAACACUUCCUCUAAGCUCCAUUUUCAGGUAACUUUCAAGAUAUAGCAUGAUACUGGUAGGAAUUAGAGUCUUAUAGUAAAAAUACAAAGAGAGUUAUCGCAUAGAUGCCAGUAUGAGAAUUAACUAGCAAAGCUAAUCCUUCAAAGUAUGUAUGAUCGGUGUCCUUAAGUUAUCGUUCUUUUGUGUGUGUGUGUGUGUAGGCAAGAGAAUACGCAAAUUACAAAGAGGAAUAUGAAGGAGAUAUGUACUGGUAAAGUGACCAGUGCUUGGAUGGGGAGAUGUCAUGGUUCAAUGCAGGUGUAAGGGUUAGUGUUGGGAUUGGACUUGGUGUAAGGGUUGGUGUUGGGAUCGGUGUGGGUCUUCUCGCUCGUACUUAUCAAUCAACUACGAGAAACUUCAGGAGGAGGCUUCUCUAGAUUAAAUAGUAUAUAUGCAUUUGCAGAUUUUUUAUCUUAAAACUUUGAAAGAAUCCUUAUAAAUAAUUUUAGUUGUUUGUAUUCUAGGUGUGAUUGUGAAUCAAACGGGUGGGAUUGUGAAUCAUGUUGAUAUCUGUUUCGAUGUAAAUAAGCGAUUGAGAGUUUAGCUUUUGUAUUCAGAAUUUGGCUGAUGAGGAAAGAUUAAAUUGGUCUACAUAUCCUAAUUCACUGACUUGGUGUUUUGAAAAAAAAUAAUGAGAUUGUUGAAAUCUCGUUAAUCCAGUAGUUUAAAUAAAAAUUCAUUAAUGUUUUUAUAUUUGAAAGUUUGAGUUUAGAAGAAAACAAAUUAUGCAUAAAACACAAAUGAAUAUGGACUACUCAUUUUAUUGAUUAAAAUAUUGAUAUAGGAAAAUAUAAGAUUCAAGAUGAAGCUAAUCAGUCUAGUUGAUCUUGAAGUUUCUAUCUUUUAUCAAGAAUUGUCUCACGAUGAAUUUUCUCACAAGCGUAUUUCAAAACGCUUUGAACCGUGAUAAUUGAUAAUUAUAGAGCAUGUUAAGAAAAUUAAACGGUUUGAUGGUUCAUCUUUCAAACAAGACGGCGUUGAUUAUUGACCUUAAGCUAUCAGAAACUCGCCAUUGGUUGAUUUAUAUAUACUUGGACGACAACUGUUUACGACGUACACCACCAAAACUUGUCCUAUGACAUAUAUCUCACAAAUUCUUUUAAAUCUUGAGAGUUUGGUUUGCUUUGUUUAGCGAGGAUCAAGUUUCGAUCAGCAAGAAAAGCAACGUCAUGAGGAGCAACACCAACUAUUCCUUGUCGACUCUUCUCUCACCUCUACUUAUGCUCAUGCUUGCUUCAAAAGUUGUCACUCUUUCGGGCUUGUGCCAAUCCGAAUCAUGUGGAGGUAUUAAGAUUCAGUACCCAUUUGGAAUCCAAGAACGUUGCUAUCUCAAUGAAUGGUACAAAGUCGAAUGCCGAAACUCUACUAUCCCCUUCCUUUCCAAGAUGGGCAGAGAAGUUGUGAAUAUCUCAUUUGAAGGUGAUGAAGAUGGUGGUUACUAUAGUUACCGUCAGUCAUUCGGAUCGAUUCGUGUCAAGAGCCAAAUAACAUCAUUUGGAUGUUCCAGAAAUGGACAAGAGUCUAAACCGGUUCUGAAUUUGACGGACAGCCCAUUUUUCUUUGGGAGAGGGAACAGCCUUGUAGCUGUUGGUUGCAACAGCAAGGCGUCAUUAACUAACAUCGAGCCGGCUAAGUUGGAGUGCGAGUUGAACUGCACUGCGACGUUACCUACAAAAAGCGUCCCGUUUUUAGACAACACCGGGUGUUCUAGCAACGCUUUGUCUUAUGCUUACCGUCCUCAGGUUUGUGCAAAUAACCAACGGGAAGAAGAAAGAAGCUGUAAUGGUAAUGGAUGUUGUCGUGCAAGUUUACCGGAUGACGCUGAGGCUCAACAGGUGAUCGGUGUUAGGAUAGAGAGCUUUGAUCAGGGAAACUCUACAACUGGAGGAUGCAGGGUCGCUUUCUUAACCGAUGAAGUCUACAUGUCUUCCAAUGCAACUGAACCCCAAAGCUUUUCCGCCAAGGGGUAUUCUACAGUUACAAUAAGAUGGGUCGUUAAGACGACUAAUCUUUCCUUCUUGAACUCCUUAAACUGCAUAGACUCAGAAGAGUACGAUAGUUUACCAUAUAAAACUCAACAAAGAAGAGCCUGUAUAUGCAACAAUAUCACCAUUUCUGGGAGCAACUAUGCAAACUGUGCAUGCAACCGAGGUUAUACAGGCAACCCAUACCUCUUAAACGGAUGCCAAGAUGUUAAUGAAUGCCUUCUAAGCUAUGGAGAGGGCCGAUACACAUGCCAAAAAAGCCAUACUUGCGUAAAUGAGCCUGGAAGUGUUGAUUGUGUUGAAAAGAAGACUGUGGCGAUACUGAUAGGAGUAGGUUCAGGUUUUGGCAUCUUAGUCCUAGUAAGUGGAGUUUGGUGGUUGAGAAAAUUUCUUAAGAAGAGAAGGAUCACUCAGAAGAAAAGGAAGUGUUUCAAACGUAACGGGGGACUAUUAUUGCAACAACAACUAAACACAAGAGAAAGUAACGUCGAGAAAACAAAAAUAUUCACCUCGAGAGAGCUUGAAAAAGCCACAGAAAACUUCAGCGAAAACAGGAUACUCGGACAGGGUGGUCAAGGCACUGUGUACAAGGGCAUGCUUGUAGAUGGCAGAACGGUUGCUGUCAAGAAAUCCAAAGCGGUGGAUGAAGACAAACUAGAAGAGUUCAUCAACGAGGUUGUCAUUCUCUCCCAGGUUAACCAUAGACAUGUCGUCAAGCUCUUGGGAUGUUGCCUUGAGACAGAAGUUCCCGUUCUGGUUUACGAGUUUAUCCCCAACGGUAACCUUUUCCAGCAUAUCCAUGAAGAAUCUGAUGAUUACACAAUGAUAUGGGGCGUGCGUCUACGCAUUGCUGUUGAUAUAGCAGGAGCUCUUUCGUAUCUACAUUCUGCUGCGUCUUCUCCAAUAUAUCAUCGGGAUGUCAAGUCAACUAACAUAUUACUAGACGAGAAGUAUCGAGCCAAGGUGUCAGAUUUUGGUACUUCAAGAACAGUAACGGUAGAUCAAACUCACUGGACAACACUUGUUUCAGGUACAGUGGGAUACAUGGAUCCAGAGUACUACGGAUCCAGCCAAUAUACCGAUAAGAGUGAUGUUUAUAGCUUUGGGGUCGUCCUCGUUGAGCUUAUCACAGGAGAGAAGCCUGUGCUAACGCUUUCUAAUACUCAAGAAAUAAAAGGCUUGGCGGAUCAUUUCAGAGCUGCCAUGAAGGAGGACAAAUUCUUUGAUAUUAUGGAUGCUCGAAUAAGAGAUGCAUGUAAACCGGAACAAGUGAUGGCAGUGGCAAAUCUAGCAAGGAGAUGUUUGAAUUCAAAGGGAAAGAAGCGGCCAUAUAUGAGAGAAGUGUUUGCCGAGUUAGAGAAGAUAUCUUCAUCUCAAGAGGUGAAGACGGAAAAUGACAAUGGUGAUGAUGAGGAGGAAGAAGAAGGAAUGGAUAUGAUAGUCAUGGCUGACUCGUGGACCAUUGGUAUUACAGGUCCAGCCUCUAGUACUGUUGCUUCGUCUUCCUCGUUGGAUGUUGAACCCUUGCUUAAAACACAUGGUCCCGUCCCUUAAAAUGAAAAUAUUCAUUUCCCUAGCUCUUAAGUGAAUAUAAGAUAUGCAAAACCAAACACUUGGUGUGUAUGUGAUUCUUGUUAUUUACUUUCAUGUGUUGAUAAAGGAAUUUUAAAGCCAUUCGUUGAUUUUUGUUUCCCUUCUUGGCCUUUUGAAUAUGAACUCAAAUCGUUUGAGUUGAAGCGAUCUUUCUACAUGUUGAACACAACCUACAAGGCUACUAACUCAUACUUAAAAGCUUUUCAUAUCUACCCAAACUCCAGAAUUUUACAGCUCUAUGAUAUUUCCACUUUAAGGCAUCCAAGGUCUUGGCCAUCAAGUCUAUAAGCUUCAAUUAGUCACUUUGUUAAGAGAAUCAAGAAGUCAAAAAGAUCUGACUGAACUCGAAUAUAAAGAGAUAAACAUACCAAUAUCAGGCUACAGUUAGUUAUCUUAAGCAGAUGGCAGAUAAAGAGAUCCUCUUUUUUAAAUUUCUCGUGCACAUUAAAUCAAACGAAAAUGGCGGUUAAAACGUUCGCGCGUGAUUUGAUCAUUAAUCAAACGUUAUUUUGUGCACACAUUUAUUUUGAUUUUCAUAUGCAAGAAUAUAUUUCUGCUAUUCUCGUGGGCUUUCGUCCUAGCAACUCGAAGACGGUUAGGCUGGGCCGAGGUAGACUCAUCGUGUUCUAUUAGUAUUAGAACAAUUCAACGGACGAUAAUGUCAAGGAUUCAAAGCAGAUAAUUUGACUUUGUAGUCGGUUUAGAUGCGAGAUUAGAGAUCAUGAACUUGUAACCAAUUUACUCAGUGAUUAGUUAUAAUCCAGUUGUCGAGACAUUAAGUAUUGGCGAAUGACUCAGAGAUGCUAAAUGUAGCAAAAGACAGACAUUCAACACGACAUCAAUUUCAGACCGCCCGUCUGCUAUUCUCAUCACUGUCGAUUCUUCACAACUCUCUUACUCAUAAAUUCACAGGAAUUUUGAUUUUCCAAAAUAGGCCAUCAGGAAAAAAAAUAUAAGCAAUAUUAAUUUAAUUACUGAAAUCUUGAUUGAUAAACUCAAAUGAACCUCUAAUAUCGGAUUUAUUAACAAAGAAAGGAUGUGAAAACAAUGGAAAGAAAAAGUUUUUGGUUAUGGCAUCAGAUAAUAAAUAGAGAUUGGUUGUCAACACUGGUAAAUCUGUGUGUAGAAUAAGAUAAAAUACUCAUCACUUGCCAUUGGAAACCCGUAAUUUCUCUAUUCACGUUAUAAAAAGACAGAAAGAUUGAAAACCAGAACAAACAAAAGCAAAACAAACACUUUCGAAUAAGUUGAUCAAAGAACAGCAACCGAGCUUUGGUCUUCUUAAAAAAGAGUAUAUAUAGCGAGGAGCUGACAACCCUACCUAGGGUUUAGUGUUUAAACGGGCUGGUCUUUAUUAUAAUUUCUUAUUGGGCUCUUAAGCCGAAAAGCCUCAGUCCGAUUUGGCAAAUAAUUUUGAUACACAUAUUAAUUUACGCCCAAAAAAAUAUCCAUAUUGCUAAACCACUCGAAAUUAAAAAAAAUUAUGUGUAAAUAAAGUUUAAAAUGACGAGAAAUAGAUAUAUUCGAAAUACCCAAAGAAAACAGACAGCAAUCAAAAAUGUAAAAAUCAAAUUCAUCUACAAAGAUGGAAUGAUAUACAUUGCCUUUUGCGUAUAUCUGGAUGCAUUCAAUUUUUCCGUAUUUUUCUCUUGCAUUCGUUUUACUUUUCUUAAGAUUACGUUUAUUUUGGAUUUGUAACUUGUUCGUUAUCUCCGGCUCUGUAAAAAUGUGUGGAUACAUAUGAUGGAUCACAAAGACUUAAGACACAAGUUUACUGCAAUUUUCUUUUCAUAUCAUUUACUCACAAUACAUCAAUGUCUAUAAAUACAGAAGAAGACAAAAUAACUACCCAUUAUUAUUGCACGUCACUAGUGGAAAGAUACACGUCACUAGUGGAAAGACAAUUCCAUUAACUUAGGAACAAUUAUAAUAUCACGUCUUCUUACUCCAAACCAUUGGUUUACUUUGGUUAACCAUUUGUCCCCAAAGUUCAUACCAAUCUUAGAGAACAGCUUCUCCAUGAUCCUAACUUUUCCACGAUCAAAUGGCCGUUUUCUAUUGAUAACAUCUUGGUAUGCUAGAGACCAGACCACCUUCACACAACUACAAAGCAUAUGUGAUGAAAAUCGUAACCUCCACUGUAAGAAACGAGAUCGAGGUAGACGACCAUGUUCUGGAGGUUUUGUAGACCUAAUUUCAGUUCUUGGCUUAGACGAUCGUCUAUGCCUUCUUUGUUUUCUGGUCUGAGCAGAGAGAUGUUGACGUCUAACCAGAACCGGUCGAGCUUGUUGAUGUUUCCGUGAUGACGUUGCAGAUCCUUUGAGUGGUGAAGUCGCAUGUCGACUUGAUUCCUCAUGAACCUGCGUAUUCGUUGCGACCUUCACAAUAUGUUUAGCCGGUUGGGAUGAUCUCUUCACCCUUCUCACCGUCUUUGCCAUCUCCAUCUCCUUCUUCCACGUCCUCAUCUCCGUCUUAGCCGGUUGAGAUGCAAUAUCACCAUUGGCUCUUCCAUCACGAGUGUUCAUCUUUGUCUUCCACGUCUCCAUCUUCUGACGCCAAGUUGAUGCGUGAUCCUUCCAGUAUUGCGCCAUCUUAUUCAGCUCUUCACGUAUCUCAUCAUGCAUUUUGUUGAGGAGAUUGAUCUUGAAUUCUUCAAUGCCCUCUCGUGUGCUUCCCAUUUCUUAUAUAACAAGGCUUUUUUUUUUUUUUUUGGAUAAAGAAGUUUUGAUACCACAAAUUGUGGUCCAAAUCA